ACAAAAUUACAGCAUUUGAACUUAAACAUUAUUAUUAGAAUUAGAAUGUCCAGUAAAGUGGAAAUUGAAGGUGGCAUUAUCGUGGCCUGUAAUGUUUAAAGAAAUCCCCUGUUGCAAGUUUUCUCUUGAAAAAUUGAAUUUCUGAGUGGAUGUUGAUGGGCCAGGCAAAUCAGGAUUGUCAAUGCAGUUGGAGUUUUCGGAAGUGUCCACAUGGCCCUCGGCUACGGCACUUGACUUCCAACCUCCUAAUUUUUUCACACCGAGGAUGUCUCCCCCACUGUCCGCUACCAAAGUCGCAGCUGUGCGUCUAAAGCAGUGUCCUGUGUAUGUAUUCACGUUGUUUAAAUUUAGAUAAGUGGCAAUUUUUUUGGGGAAUUGUGCAAUUGAAUUGUGGCCAUAUGGUUGUUUUGUAGCUUUGCCCUGCCGCACUUGAAGGAAAAAUCGCACAUUCUCCACCUUUGAUUAUGGGGAACAAAAACGAUUACUUUUUCUUCUUGUACAUCCACAUUUUUCUUAUUCAUUUUAAAGAGUUCCUCGCUUCUACAUGCCCCUGUGACACCAAUAAUCAAAGCAGCCUGGAAAAAUGAAUAGUUUAAUGCAAGAAUUUUGGUUGUUACUUACAGUUUAUACCUUUUGGGGAAGAAACUCCAAUGGGGCGUUUUUUAGGAACUUUUCCAUAUUUUCUUUUGUGAACACACUUGAUUUUUUUGGCUGAUAGCCAAUAUUUUGUUGUUUCAAGAACGCUAUUAAUUUGGCGUUUUUCGAGAUGUCAAUAUUAUCCUUUAUGUUCAAGGUUGCCCUCAACAUUGAAUAAUGUGCCUAUAGCGUCGAGGGCUUUUUGUCUUUUUUCAACUGGGCAAAAUAAGCCAAUAUGACGUUUUCAGAGCCAAUAUUUGGAACGCCUUUAUCAUUACACCAGUCUUGAUAAGCCCGCAUUAUAAUACCUGCUCCAAAAUUUGGUUGUCGUCCUGGAAUGCCACUACUCCACGUACCUCCAGCCCUCGGUGUCUCCAGUUCAGUAUCUAGACCUAUAAGGUCGAAAAUAAUUAGUGUUGUAUUAAAAACAAACUGUAAUAUUUACUAACUUUGAGAACUAGGAGAUCGUCUCUUAACUGGAGAUAAAUUGGCGAUUGAAUAAAAAUAUGGCCAUUCCUUUUUUCGAGAGAGUGGUCUUCAAUUUGUUUUUACCUCGAGAAGGCAAAAUGGUUGGUACUGCAGACCGACGCAGCCUUUGUGUUUCUGGUACAAAAUCCUCGGGUCGAAAAUGUUGGAAGCAAAUGUACCCCCUGCGAUAUAUUUGCACAUUUGUUAAAACCGCGAAUUUUGGUUUAUUCGCGGCUUUAACCCACGCCAUAAAUCUAUCAUGGCCCCGCUUCGGAUGGGGGAAUGCAAAUAUUGGCUUUACUCUCGCCGCACAUCCGUUAACGGAGCAAGUUUUGUUUUCUUGCAUUUUUCUUCUACAAAAAUUGGAUAUAAUAAUCUAGUAAAGACAAAGUUAUAUAUGUACUUACAUUUGUUAAUUACACAAUGUAAACAAAUAAAUUCAUAAACUGGGAAAACACUUAACACACUAAUCACGAGAAAAACAUAUGAAAUGUGUCAAAUGGUAAUGUGGUAAACAAUGAAAUUGCUAGGAGACAUAAAUGAAUUCUCAAAAAUUUUGAAAAUCGCCCAAAUUACAGACGUAAGGCCGGUAUUUAUAAACGUAACUCCAACUUGAACUGAAGUCUGACUUACCCAAGUUAUACUAAGUCUAAGAUAGGGAUAAGUUUAGUUUGGAUUUAUAAACCGAACUUCGGCUAAACUCGGUGAAGUUGCGGAAAUUGUCUGUUUUGCUCGACAAAUGUCAUUUUUUGACAUCAAUUUCGAAUUGUUUAAUGUUUAAAAAAUGGAAAAAACGCCUUAUACUUUUAAAGAAAAAGCCAUUUUAACCAACAUAAUAAAGGAAAAAGGAUCCGUUAUAGAAUGUAAGAAAACGGACGCGGUGAGUCUUGAGAAAAAGUCUAAAGUUUGGGAGGAAAUAUGUGCAUAUUACAACGCACAGCCUGAGGUAGGCUGUAAAUGCACCACGAAACAGCUGAAGAAGUGUUGGGCAAAUUUGAAGCAAGCUAAACGAAAAAUAGUCACUGAAGAAAAAUAUGACAUUCUAAAAACUGGAGGUGGAACGCGAAGCGCCAAAGAGCAUGAUACCAUUAUGGACCUAGUAGAAGAGGCAGCUCCACAUCUAGACAUUCAGUUGGGAUGUCAGUAUGAUUCUACGGCCAGAUACGAGAAUCACAAUAAUUUAGACCCAACCACGGAUUUGGCAACUGGAUCAAGCUUGGGUGACACCCAAGAAACCGUACUGGAGCCUCCAAAAAAGACAGCAAGAACAGUAGUAGAUCAAAGCUUGGAAAAAACACUUCGCGUGCAAAAAUUACAAGAAUCAAUCGAGCAGCAACGGGAGUUGCAUGAACUCCGUAUGCAGGCUGCAAAAGAGGAACUGGAAGCCAUUCGCAAAAUCGAUGAAAUUAAAUUAGCUGUUGCUAGUCGCCUUAAGUUCAGCAAUGGCUGA